AAAGAAGCAUAAAUAACCAGACGACUAGUCGUCCGCGUGAAAAAGACGAGCGAGGCAUAAAACUGAAGGAAGGAGGCAGUGAGUGUGAGAGAGGCACUGCCUUGUUAUUAUUUCCUACUUGCAAAAACACAAGAUCGUCGCAGUCGCCCACACAAGCUCAGAAAAGUUGAAAAAAAAAAUGUCAAGCGGAGGAGAGAAGGGAUCGACCACCACGAAAACACCCGCUGAUUUCCUCAAAUCGAUACGCGGCCGCCCUGUUGUAGUCAAGCUCAAUUCUGGAGUUGAUUAUAGAGGUAUUUUAGCUUGUCUUGAUGGGUACAUGAACAUAGCAAUGGAACAAACAGAGGAAUACGUAAAUGGCCAACUGAAAAACAAAUAUGGUGAUGCUUUCAUCCGAGGAAAUAAUGUUCUGUACAUCAGCACUUCAAAGAGGACACUUGCAGAUGGUGCAUAGUCACAGCAAUCGCAUGAGAGUAGCUUCAUAUGUUACCGGUUUGAUAGUGCAGUGCAGUGCAGUGAUUGUGAUUCUAGUUACUGUGGAUCAGAAAUUAACAGUGUUAGUUUAAAUUUUAUCGUAGCAAACUGAACUUUUUUGGAUCAAGAAUUUUACCCGCACUAGCUUCACUCCUCAAAUAUAAUUUUAAAUUUUACACUCAAUUUGUCAAGGAGGGAUUGAGGAAAAGAUUGAUGAAAGGGGAGGGAUUGUACUUGUCAUCUGUUUGGUAAAAAGAACAAGGGUGUAAAUAAAGAUUGGAGAGAUCCUUUCUCGCUUGUAAUUUUCAAUCCUUUCAAUUUGAGCGUCAUUUACUUUAAUAA